UUGGGCUUCUUCCUUGAGGAAAAAAGAGAGUAAAUAUAUUGAAAACUUAUAGAAGCAAUCAAUCCGUCAUCUUGUGGCUAUUCAUUUCCCCUAAAAAUGCCUUCGCCGCUCACCUCGUGGCACUCCACCAACCGGUAAAACUAAAACCCUCCAUCUACCCGCUUCAAAAUAGUUCCAUAUGAUUAAACAUUACCCUCCAGGCUCCAUUUCACCCUUAAAACAUACUCAUCCUACCCCCUAAGUCCUAACAUAUUCGAUCACUCCGGUGAUGCUCGGAGUACUCUGUGCACGCCCCCCAAAGCCUUGGAUUAUAUCCCCUCAAACCUUCUCUCUCCACCACACCCACCUCCACCACCAACCCUGGUCCACAAUCAAAGACAGGUAUAACAAUAAAAUCGUAAGCAGCGCCGCCUCCAUUGAUGGCGGUACCUGCGCUGCUGCAUCAAUUUGGCGCGUCAUAGUUCCCUCUGCUGCUGGUGGUGCUGAUUGGCGGAGUGAUUACCUCCGUCCUGCUGUUGUUCACCACCACCACAAAGGCGAAGGUUCUUGGAAUGUAGCCUCUGAUGCUAGGCCCGCUCGCUGGCUUCACCGCCUUGAUCUCUCUUACCUUCUCUUUGGUGUUUGUCUUUGCCUUGCUCCUAUUGAUUGGAACGACGUCGUUCUCUCUCAAGAUCACAAUGCUGCUCUCUCUCAAUCUCAUUCUUCUCAGAAUCUUGACUCUACCUGCUCCUCCACUUAUAGGGUCACUGGAGUGCUAGCAGAUGGUCGAUGUUUGUUUAGAGCAAUAGCUCAUGGGGUAUGUUUGCAAACCGGAGAGGAAGCACCUGAUGAAAACCGUCAGAGAGAGCUUGCUGAUGAUUUGAGGGCUCGGGUGGUUGAAGAGCUCUUGGAGAGGCGUAAAGAUAUAGAAUGGUUCAUUGAGGGAGACUUUGAUGCCUAUGUGAAGAGGAUACAACAACCUUACAUCUGGGGUGGAGAACCAGAGUUGCUCAUGGCUUCUCAUGUCCUCAAGAAGUUGAUAUCAGUCUUUAUGAAGGAUAGAAGUACAGGCAAGUUGACGAACAUAGCAAAUUAUGGGGAAGAAUACAAGGAGGAGUAUCCGAUAAAUGUUCUGUUUCAUGGGUAUGGCCACUAUGAGCUCUUGGAAACUUCUUUAAAUUAGAUUCUUUAAAAAUAAACCUGUCAAUGUUAGAAACAGGAUAUAAAAACACCAAUAUGGAAUAAAGUUUGUUAAAUUUAUUAGAAUAAAGAUCGUUAUUGUUUCGAGGUUGGGAUGUUUUCAAUCUCUUUUGAGUUUUGAGUAAUACUUUGCAGCGGCAACUUAAUUUAGUUAAACACUUCAAGAUCUCUGGUUUCUUCUGUAAUCUAUAUACACCAAUUACUUUUCA